AAGGGAGGGCGAGCGCGCGGUGCCGGCAGCGGCGUGGCUGGAGCGCGGUCGGGCGAGGGGGCGGCCUGAGCGGGACGCUGCCCGGAGAGGGGACGGCCAGAGCGGGACGCACGUCUGCACGACUCCCGUGCCCAGACCUCGCAGGAUCCUGGGCCCCCAACGACGCGCGCCGGCGGAGCCCCCCAUGAAGCCGCCCGUCGCGCAGGGCAGCCCCGCGGCCGCCGCGGCCGCAGCCCCGGCCUUGGACUCUGCGGACGCGGGGGACCUGACGGACGCGCUAUGCGAGUUCGACGCGGUGCUGGCCGACUUCGCGUCGCCCUUCCACGAGCGCCACUUCCACUACGAGGAGCACCUGGAGCGCAUGAAGCGGCGCAGCAGCGCCAGCGUCAGCGACAGCAGCGGCUUCAGCGACUCCGAGAGUGCUGAAUCGCUUUAUAGGAACAGCUUCAGCUUCAGUGAUGAAAAACUGAAUUCUCCGACAGACAGCACCCCAGCGCUGCUCUGUCCUUCUGUCCCUGCUCGGAAAGCCAAACUUGGAGAUACGAAAGAGCUAGAAGACUUUAUUGCUGAUCUCGACAGAACCUUAGCAAGUAUGUGAAACAAGAAGUUCUGGGUCCUUUCAUUCUUAAGGGAGAAGUUUCAGAAAGCUCGGAGGACCUGAUAAAAUCAGCUACAGAAUAUGCUGCUGGAGGGGGCAGAGAUGUUGCUCACCCACUACCAGGCUUGUCCUAAAAAUACCUUUGGGCUCAUCUCUGGGCAGGUUAGAGACUGACUUUGUUUACCAGCUUGCAGCGUAUUAGAGCAGAUGACUCAUGCUAAUGUUGUAUUUCCUCUUAAAACAUAGCUUCUCUGUAAUUUAAAAUGCUUUUAUGAAAAUAUUUGUAAUUAAUUAUAUAUAGUCGGAAACAGUAAUAUGCUUUCCCCAUUAUAAUAUAUUUUUGUAUGCAAAUAAAGUUUGAACUGGA